UAUUAUAAGGCCACAAGUGCGGAAAAUGAUAACGAAAAGUUUCCUGUUCAUCGCUAUCACAUUGAUAGGGUUUUCCCUUGAGUCACCUGUUGAUCGAAACGGAGAUGGAAGUCCCAUGACGAUGAAGGGCUUGUUGAGCCUGGGCACCUUUGUGGAGUACAGCGGUCGGGCAUCGAUAGCCUUUGAAGAGAGCACCUUAUAUGCCAGCUUCAACUUGGAGUCACUUUUUCCGGCCAUGAAGGUCUUCAAAAAAGUCUAUAAAGCUCUACGGGAUAGUUGUGAAACAAGUCCCAGGCUUUGCCCAGAUAUUCUCGACCUUAUCAAGUUUGCGGACUCUAUUCUAAGAGAUGGCCUGAUUGACACACAUGACCCUCUGGUUUUUAGGGUCAAAAGGUUUCCUCUCGGCAGAAAUGACAUGGCCAACCAGAUGAUAAAUAAAUCCUCCUCCAUAGACAGCACAAUGAACCUGCAAAUGGGAAUAGUAGAACUCGAUGUUGACUCUCCAGACUUUGCAGCCACAGAUAGCCCAGACUGGUUUAUUGAAAGAAUGAAAAAUCAUCUUAAUAUUUUGGGAAACCAAUUAAAAAAGUCGCAGGAUGCCAUAUUGGAAGCAGUGAUUUCCGCCCAUCAGGGUCAACUUAAUCCUUUUAUCCUCUCCAUAAGGCAGUUGGAAUCGAAGAUGCUUGAAAUGCAGGCCCAUCUACCGCAAGGACGUCGUCUGCCCUUCGAUCAAUCCACAAUCUCCGAUAUUUACCGCGUCGCUUCCGUGAUACCUCAGCAGUUGGACAACCAUUUGGUCUUUCAAAUCUCAGUGCCCCUGAUCGAUGUGGAGCAGUUUAAUGUCUAUCGAUUGACACCCAUUCCGCGGGUGGUUAAUGGCAAAAUCCAACUGGUGGACACCGAAACACCGUAUCUGGGCAUCAACGACCACCUCGACAGGUAUUUCCCCCUUCAAAACCUAGACGACUGCACUGAGCUGGCCGGUGAGAGGUUGGUCUGUAAGUACAAUCAAAUAACUUAUGGAAAGGGAGAUGACGGCUAUGCCUGUUCCCUGGCGGCUAUACGGAAUCAGUCCUUCCAAGACUGCCCUUUCCGUCAGCUGGAGAGGAGUAGCAUGUGGACCCAGCUGGUGGCACCGAAUUCGUGGAUGGUGGCCCUCACCAAGGAACUGAGUUUGAUGGGAGUGUGCUCUGGCGAGAGCCAGGAACUCAGGAUAAACGGCAGUGGAAUACUCAGCAUUCGGGGAGACUGCAUCGUCCGGAGUUCGGCGGUCACUCUGCAAGGGGAACGCCAGAAAAGAGUUCCCCUAAAAAGGGGAUAUGCAUCUUUGCAGCUGACCAACACGGCCUCCCAGGAAAUUGGCAUCAUGGACUCGUUUAAUCACCUUCUUGAGAUCGCCACACGACUGAAGGUGUAUCAGGAAAAACUCGAUGGAGUCGCGGAUUAUCCAAUGACCGUCGUCGUCGUUUGUCCCUUAGUUGUGCUGAUCGCGCUAAUUAUUUCGCUUAGCUGGUUGUAUCUCAACCACCGUAGAAGACAACUCCCAGGGGCAAAAGAUCCAAUCACCGAUAUCGAAGGUCUCGAAGACACCAAAAAUGCAGCUACAACCAGUAAUCUUCCCCUGCUGGAAAAACAAGAAACUUAGGAGAUUUCAGGUCUUCAAAGCCAAUCUUAAUUCAUUUAAUAAUUUGUAUUAAUUAAACUUGUUAACCGGGCUAACUUUCUUUCUUUUUAAAUCGUUUAAGAAAAAUACACUUUAUCUAAAACAA